AUGGCACACACGAGGAGCGCACCGCUGCGGGAAUCGAUGCCGUCAGCACAUGGCGUGGCAAGGGCUCCGUUGCGAAGCACGAGGACCCAGUUGGUGAACCAACCUUCUGAGAAAACUACACUAGAUCGAUACACGGCGCCGUGCACAGCCUCAACAUCCGCAGCACCCCCACGAAGACGUGGCUGGGCCGGUUUCGACUCGGAUGUUGAGUGCUUGGCGGCCAUUUGUGGGCGGAGGAGGGAUGUACACGCGGAAGAGCAUCUGUGCUAUUUACCUGCUGUUAGCGAGGCGUUGGGUCGCAUGGGAAGGGGGGGGAGUUAG